CGCUGCCGCCUCCGCCGCCGCCGCCGCCCGCCCGCGCCUAACGGUCCGCGCCGCGCGGGAGGGAGGGAGGAGGAGGAGGAGGAGGAGGAGGAGGAGGAGGAGGAGGAUGAAGGAGAUGAAGCAGCGGAGGAAGAAGGAGCGCACGUGGGCCGAGGCCGCCCGCCUGGUGCUGGAAAACUACUCGGAUGCUCCCAUGACCCCAAAACAGAUUCUGCAGGUCAUAGAGGCUGAAGGACUAAAGGAAAUGAGUGGCACUUCUCCCCUGGCCUGCCUCAAUGCCAUGCUCCAUUCCAAUUCAAGGGGAGGUGAUGGACUCUUUUACAAACUGCCUGGACGGAUCAGCCUGUUCACGCUCAAGAAGGAUGCUCUUCAGUGGUCUCGGAAUCUGUCUGUGCCAGAAGGGGAUGAACUGGAGGAUACAGCAGACGCAGAAAGUUGUGAGUCCAAUGAAGCAAGCACUGUGAGUGGUGAUAAUGAUGGUAAGUGUCUGAUAACGUUAAUCUUAAGUUAUAAGCAUCUACUUCUGUGUCUGACCGAGUGCCCAUCUAUUUCAGUGUCUCUUGAUGAAACCUCCUCUAAUGCCUCCUGUUCCACUGAAUCUCAGAGCAAGGCAUCCUCUACUGCCAGGGAGAGCAACAGAACAGCCUCACAGACAACCAAACAAAAGAAAAAGACUGGUGUAAUGCUGCCACGUGUUGUUUUAACACCACUGAAAGUAAAUGGGGCACACAUGGAGUCUGCAUCUGGCUUCACAGGAAGGCAUGCCGAUGGGGAGAGCAGUAGCACAUCCAGCAGUAGCAGCAGCUCUUUGGCCCUGUGCAAUGCCGCCUUGCGCAGUAGAACAGAAAUAAACAGGGAUCCGCCACAGCUACUGAGAGGUAUUCGAAAGCCCACAGCUGGACAAAUGAAACGAAACAGGGGUGAGGAUAUUGACUUCGAAACACCUGGUUCCAUUCUUGUCAAUACAAACCUGCGAGCUCUGAUAAACUCCAGAACAUUUAAUGCGCUCCCAUCGCACUUCCAGCAGCAGCUUCUUUACCUCCUUCCGGAAGUUGACAGACAGGUUGGGGCUGAUGGGCUGAUGCGUCUCAGUGGCAGUGCUCUGAAUAACGAAUUUUUCACCCAUGCUGCUCAGAGCUGGAGAGAACGACUAGCUGAUGGUGAAUUCACGCAUGAAAUGCAAGUUCGAAUUCGGCAGGAGAUGGAAAAGGAGAAAAGAGUGGAACAAUGGAAGGAGAAGUUCUUUGAGGACUACUAUGGACAAAGGUUGGGCUUGACCCAAGAAGAAUCCCAAGAGCAGAAUUUGGUGCAAGAAGAUGCUGAGAACAGGACAGGACUGUCUGUUAAAGGAGAAGCAAGAUUGCCACGCGGUCCUUCUACACGGCAGAGAGAUGGGCACUUCAAGAAACGCUCCCGGGCCGACCUGCGAUGCAGAGCCAGGAGGAGCCUGUACAAAUUACGUGAAUCUGAGCAAAAGGAGGCUUCCAAAGAGACUGCCUCUGUGGGACCAGAUUCCUCUCUUCGUAAAGAGACCAAACCUGAGAUGGACCUGAAGAAAGAUGAUCCGACAAGCGCUUCUACUGCAGCACUGAAUCCAGAGAGUUCAGAACUGCAUCUCUCUCCGGAGACUUCCAAGUCACACAGUAAAUCGGAAGAUCCGUCAUUGGCAGCUGCAAGCAGAAUUCCUAGUUUGCCCCAGGAGAACUCCGCUCGGGAGUCAAAGGACCAGAAGAGGAAAUGCUUUGAGGAGGCUGCCUCUGCAUCCUUCCCCGAAAAGAAGCCCCGGCUUGAAGAUCGUCAGUCCUUUCGUAACACAAUUGAAAGUGUUCACCCAGAAAAGCCACAGCCUACUAAAGAGGAGCCAAAAGUCCCACCCAUCCGGAUUCAACUUUCACGUAUUAAACCACCCUGGGUGGUUAAAGGUCAGCCAGCUUACCAAAUAUGCCCCAGGAUCAUCCCCAACACGGAGCCCUCCAGCCGGGGCAGGAGCGGGGCCAGAACACUCGCAGACAUUAAAGCCCGUGCUCUGCAGGCCCGAGCCCAGCGAGAAGCUGCUACAGCUGCCAUCGGAGGUGGGGGUGGCCCAGGCGGAGGGAGAAGCACUGACGAAGGAGGUGGCGGAGGAGAAUGCAACAGCCACACAGAGCACAGGAGAUCAAAGAGAACUCAUGGAAAGCGUUCGUCAGAUCUACAACGAACACAAUUACUGUCGUCUCUCCGUCUAAAUGGAGAAAAGGCUGACUCUGAGAUGGCUGCUCAGGCAGCUAACGCGGAUUCCUUUGCCUCUUCAACACAAGACUCCUUUUCUUCAAAGAGUGAGGGAAGCGGCAAUCCGGAACGCACUGCAGGCACUAGCUCAGGGGAAGCUCAGCACGUGGAUGGCUCACCUAGCAGGCAGUUCUGUGAUGCUGUGACUGGGUCAUCGUCUGACAGUGCAACUUUGGAGAGGCGGGAGGAGAGCCCUGAACAGGUCCUCUGUGAUGCAAGGACUGAAACCCCAGCUUGUGUUGCAUCAGAGGAGAGGCAAAGUACAAAGCUGAAAUGCCUGGUUCCUCCAGUAAACGGUCUGUCUUGUUCUCAGGUUCAGGGAACUGUCAUCAGUCCUACAGGAGAUGGGAUUCUGUCAGAACCCAAAGGUGGUAGCUCUCCCCCAGUACAGUUGGAUUAUCAUCCUGAUGUAAAGGAAAAUUCCUCCAGUUGUCCUACUCUUCUGCCAGAAUUGUCAUCAGGUGGUAAAGAAUGCCAUCAGCCAGAAUGCCACGAGCCAGAAGUGAUAUCUAGAUUUAGAUGUAAUGGCUCUGAAACAUUUGUGGAACAGUGUAUGAGAAAUGAUAGUGAUAACUCCAGAACAGUGACUACUGGAGUGGAGAAAGUAAAGCCUGCACGGUAUCAGUUCACACAUGUGCAGGCAGAGAGAGAGAGUGAUGGCAAAACAAGUGAUGAAGAACAGAAUACAGAGUCUCUGGUGAAAUCUUCUUUAUGUGAGGACUUCAUUUCUCAGAAUAGGAUAGAUACCUCUGAAGAACUUGUGCAGCUGAGAGAGAGGUGCCCCAGAACAGAACCAGAAGAUGUGUGUCAGCCACUGAGAGAGACUCAAGAGUUCAAGCUGAAUGGAGAUGAUGAAAUACAGAGUACACACAGUGAGACAACGGAUACUGCUUCGGAUUUUGAAGCUGACAUAGCUGAUGAGAGCGUAGAGAUGGAUGUAUGUUUUAGAAGUGUCAACUGCAGGGAGGUAACCAGGAAAGACUCCUGUCAGAGCAACAUUGAGAGACGUGAUAGAGUUAGAUCGAAGUUACCUGUGGAAACAGAUAGUCUGGCCUAUGUCGUGGACUUCCCUUCAGUCGCAGUGAUGAGCACUGCACCUCCACCUCAGAGAUGGGGGCCGCAUGCACCAUUGCCCCCAAAAUCCGAGAGGCUGUCAGGUUCUGCUCGGCCCAUAUCCUCUGUUGAAACCAACAACCCUUUGGUGAUGCAGCUGCUUAAGGGGAACCAUCCACUGGAAGAAGUCAUCCCAGGAUCUCAAGCCAGUGUCAAGCUGGAAGUUAUACAACCACCUGCAGACAAACAGUCGGAAAGCCUCUCCAUGCAAGUGGAGAGAGGUGGCAGUUGCUAUUUUGGCAAAGAAUCUUCUCCAGAUGUACAAGUAAAGACAAGCGCCCUAAGCAGGAGUGAUGACUUCCACUCAGUGAGAUCUUCUGUAGAUUCCCAGGAAAAGAAGCGGGGACCAGGGACAGCGUUGCCUAGAGCAGAGGAUAUGGAGAAUCAGUCUAUUCCAGAAAAACAUUCCAAAAUUGACUCAGCUUUAAGCUGCCAAGACCAACUAGCAAAUGUGGCAAGUGCCUCUCAGAAGCAUGAAGAGAUGAGCCCUCAGGAAAGAACGUUUUCUUCCUGUAGCUUUGAAGAGCAAAAGGAAGUGUCCAAGAACCAUCGGGUGCCGCAGCGCAACCCACUAACAAAUGUUAUCACAAAUAAAAGUCCCGAGAAGUUGAACCCAUCUCCAGAGCCUCCGUUUUUAUCUCCAAAUGUAAAUUCUCUUGGCCCAAAACAGACAGGGAGUACACCGGCCAAUAAAAAUUACGUUGGAGUUCAAGGCAAAAAGCUCUUUGGUUCUGGUUUUCCUUGCAACGCCAGUGUUAGACUACAUCACUCGAGGGCUUCAGAUCAAGUUUCAGACAUGGGGACCUUGGCCCCCAGCAAACAGAUUCCUCUGACCAAGAGCUGUGCAUCUGGAGAAGGAAUGCCAGGUGUAAGGGAAGAAUGGACUUCAAAGCAGCACAUGAACACCGUGGGAGAAAUAAGAAAUGAGAAUGCGUUGGCAUGUGACAGCCCAACCAAGAACAGUGGAGAGAAGCAGAAGGACGCAGCACAAAGCCCUGUGGAGCUAACUGAGCCCUUGCAAAGUGUUCCGCUGGUUAUGGACCUGCCAUUUCUUAAGUUUUCAAGGGAACCAGGGAAAAGACACAAUCACCCUUUGGAGCCUUCUUCCAUACCUUCUCAGUUCAAUAUCAAACAAGCAUUUUAUGGGAAGCUUUCUAAGCUGCAGCUUAAUUCCACCAGCUUUAAUUAUUCAUCUAACACUCCAGCUUUUCCCAGAAGUCUUGCUGGAAGCAUGAUGCAGCUAACCCACAAAGCGAACUUUGCUGCAAACCAUAAUACAUCCCUUUCUGUGCAGAUGUUUGCUGAUAGCAGCAGUGUUGAAGAAAUAUCGUUCAAGUGUUCGUGCAGCCUUAAAGCCAUGAUUAUGUGUAAAGGCUGUGGGGCAUUUUGUCAUGAUGACUGUAUAGGACCCUCUAAGCUUUGUGUAUUGUGCCUUGUGGUGAGAUAAUAAAUUAUGGCCAUGGGA